CGCAGAUCCGCAGUUGGGAGAUUGAAAGAAAGAGGCACAGGUUAUAAGUGCAGCUAGUGAUUUGUUAAUAAUUAAGAUGAACGUGGUUUCGUUUAUAAUAUUCAUCAACAUCUUGGUUCAUGGUUUGGCACUCGUCGACGGGAGGAAGAAUAUGAAGAUGAGCCAUGGUGGCCUGGAAGCCGCGCCCGAGGAAGAGGCCGCGGCGGCGGAAGUUUUGAAUCCAUUGAAUGAUGAAUAUGAAGAAUCAUUAAGAGCAGGCGGAGUACGGUUACCAUCUCCCAUGCCCAACCCCUCACGCCGUCAAAUUCCUUUUCCGCCCCCGCCUCCCUCUCAGCCUCCGUCUCAAAAGUAUCCUGUUAUGGCAGCGUCAAAGCAGCUGUCCCCACCCCGCCGUCUACUUUGCAUCUAGUCUAGUUAUCAAAAAACUUGAGUAUGCGUACUUUGAUCUUAAUUAGAUGGAAAGCUAUGGUGAAUUUCAUAAAAUCGGAUAUCCAGUUUUAUUAGAAGAAUAGAACAACCCAAAAUCCCUAAGUACGAGCAAAUAAUUAAUGUUUAUAUGAAAAUCCUAUUUGAGUAAUUACACCCUUGGUGUACUACACAGGAUUAGACCACUUUAUUUGCCAUUUACAUACACUUCUGAUACGAUUGUCUGUGUGAGAAAAAAAUUGGUUUGUAAUUGAUGUAACUUUUUGCAG